CACUUGUACACUUGCAAAUCUCUUUCUUUUCCAAGGCGAUCGAUCAUAUGAUGUCUGAAGAGGCGGGGUGAAUGGAAGUGGAGGGGGAAAAGGAAAGCUUUUGGCUGCAUGUGGUCAAGCAUUCUUCAAGCCUCCGACUUGGUUUCUGCACGGUACCCAGCCCGCUCCCUAAGCCGCCGAGUCCAUCUCAACCUUGUACAAGUCAGGUAGGGACAAUGCUGGGUAUAAAAGGCAUAGGUCAUGGCGCACAUGUGUCAAACCCUGCAUACAGGCCCUAGCACAAACCUGACGGCACUAAUUACACCGCCGUCGUGACCGAGCCAGGCAAAACUCCCCAACAGCAAGGGAGACAACAAAAAAAAGGGUCAAGUUUCUCGGUUCCUAUCAUGAUGCAUUUCCUUGCACUCCCGGUCCUCUCCCUCCUCCUCGGGGCGGCAUCGCCGGGUCUGGCCUCACCGCACCCGCAGAACCCCUUGCUGUUUGACCGGCAGCAGGCGCCGAUAAAGUACGAGGUCAAGAAGCCGCCGUUGGACACGGACUGGACGUACAAGCUGGGCACGAACCCGUGGCCCGAACACCCGCGUCCGCUGCUCAAGCGUCCCGACUGGCAGACGCUGAACGGCAUCUGGACUUUUCGCAAGAGCGACUCCAGCAGCGCCGCCGCGCCACCACCAGCGGGCCUGCUGGACCGUGAGACCAUGAUCCCCAGCUGCGUGGAGAGCGGGCUGUCGGGUCUGCAGGAGCUCGACGCAGAGUUCAUGUGGUUCGCGAGGCGGUUCACGGUGCCCGAGGGCUGGAGGGCGGGCGGCAAGCGCGUGCUGAUCAACUUUGAGGCCGUCGACUACGAGAGCCGCGUCUUUGUCAACGGCAAGGAGCUGGCCCGGCACGUCGGUGGGUACUUUCGCUACAGCGUCGACGUCACCGACUCGCUGGCCGCCAACGGCACCGACAACCUCCUGACCGUGUGGGUGCGCGACCCGACUGACAGGCAGGGCUCGUUUGCGCCCAUCGGCAAGCAGACCACGCGCCCCUCGCACAUCUUUUACCGCGCCUGCUCCGGCAUCUGGCAGACCGUCUGGCUCGAGUCGGUGCCGGCGUCCGGGAGGAUCACGCAGCUCGACGUGGCGGCGGGCAGCGACGGCAAGGUGACGGUCAAGGCGCACAGCAGCGUCAACGGGACCGCGGCCGAGGUCGAGGUCAAGGUUAUGGACGCGUCCGGGGCUGAGGUCGGUUCGGGCAAGGGCACUGCCAACACCGAGUUCCACUUCACCGUCAACUCGCCCAAGCUGUGGUGGCCUGAGACCCCUACCCUGUACAACCUGACGGUCAAGAUGGGAGACGACAGCGUGGACAGCUACACUGCUUUCAGGACCGUCAGCCGUGGUCAGGUCAAUGGCAUACAGAGGCCGCUGCUCAACGGCGAAUUCGUCUUUCAAUUCGGCACUCUGGACCAGGGGUACUGGCCCGAUGGACUCCACACGCCACCAAACUAUGAGGCCAUGGUGUCUGAUCUGAAGCUGCUCAAGAGCAUUGGGAUGAACAUGGUCCGCAAGCACAUCAAAAUCGAACCCGACCUCUUCUACCGCGCCUGCGACGAGCUCGGCCUCAUGGUGAUCCAGGACAUGCCGUCCAUGUGCGCCGACGGCCGGCAGCCCAACGACGCCGACCAGGCCGAGUUUGGCCGACAGCUGGAGCUCCUGAUCGAGGAGCACAAGUCGUACCCGUCCAUCGUGACCUGGAUCAUCUACAACGAAGGCUGGGCCCAGCGCCGCGACGGUCCCCCCUGGCCCGAGAACGAGCUCGUCCAGCGCGUGCGCGCCCUCGACCCCACCAGGCUGAUCGACGCCGUCAGCGGCUGGAACGACCACGGCUUUGGCGACUUUUCCGACAACCACCACUACGCCUCGGCGCAGUGCGGCGCGCCCUUUUACUCGCAGCCCGCCGGGCCGCACGACAGCUCGCGCAUUGGGUUCCAGGGCGAGUUUGGUGGGCUUGGUAUGAACACUACCAUUGAGCACCUCUGGAACGUAUCCGACGCCAUCCGCGACAUCCCGCAGACGUACGAGAUCCACUCCACCGGAGACUCGUACAACCACCGGGCGACGCAGCUCCUCAACGAGCUGGCCGACCAGAUCACGCGCUACGAGUGCUCGGGCGCCGUCUACACGCAGACGAGCGACGUCGAGGGCGAGGUCAACGGUCUGGUGACGUACGACCGCCGCGUCACGAGGAUCGACAAGGACCAGUGGAGGAAGGACAUACAAAAGAUGUACGAGGAGGCCGCCAAGCGGGGCGGCAGGGCUGUCGGUGGCAAGUGAGAAAUGUUGAGAUGUGUAGCUUUGAGUAAUGACCUAGGUAUCUACUGUUGUCCUCGUUGAAGUAGCCAGCAUAUUCGGGUUACGGUUUGUAAUUAAAGGUCACAUAUAAACAAUAAUUCAUGGCCAGAAUUUUCCAGA